CGAGGGUGUAGCGCGGCGCACACGUUCAGCUACGUACUCAUGAUGGUCUAUCAUCGACGAGAUCGUUGCUGGAGCUUCUCAGACUCCCCGACACUUCUGCCGGCCUAGUGCUCGGCCGAUAUUGCGCGCUGAACACUCUCGCUGGCUCGGUACGGAGAAGCCGCCUCGACGGGUCUCAACAUGGCGGAAGCACCUGCCGAGCAGAUACACCCUCUCCUGCGCCAGAGGAUGUUGAAUCGCGCAGCAACCUUCUCAGAAGGUGCACAAGCUCCACCCGCGCCUCGCCGACGUAGCUCCAUCCUCUCACAGUACUCAGACACGCGACACUCUUUCCGCUCCUCCACCGACGACCUCCUACAGUCUCUGAGCAAGAAUGAUAUGGAAAAGCUGACUACCACGGAUGAGGUCUCGCUGUGGCAUUCUGCACCGCUUGCUUUCGCCAUUGUCCCCGCCUUUGCUGGUCUCAUCUUCCAGAACGGUGGUGCCAUUGUUACAGACGUACUGUUGCUGGGAUUUGGGACGCUGUUCCUCAAUUUGUGUGUGAGGACGCCAUGGGAAUGGUACCAUGCCGCACAGCACACGCAGUACUUUGACUCCGACGAGCCCGAACGCGACGAGAUAAUCCUGGAGGAAGAUGAAAUUAACGGAGAGCCUAUAAAAGACGAAGUGCAAGCAUCCAGCCCCGCCGCUGCGGCACCACUAGACCACAAGGAUCAAGCGGACCAUGGCAAUGCACCACCGUCAAAAGCGCAGGAGGAAGCACACAUGGAACUCAGGAACAACGAGAUGCUCGCCCUAUUCACUUGCUUCAUCGGCCCCUUACUCGGCGCCUACUUGUUGCACGCAAUCCGCUCACAGCUCACUCGCCCAGCCGAGGGCCUUGUAUCCAACUACAACCUCACCAUCUUUGUGAUGGGCGCGGAGCUUCGUCCUAUCCACCAUGUCAUCAAGAUGGUGAAAGCACGAAUGCUACACCUACAGCGUGUCGUCCGCUCAGACAACAAUUUCGAAUACAGCAGGGCAGAUAUUCAAGACAUCUCCACUCGUCUUGCCAAUCUGGAAGCGAGAGCGACCGACUCCCCACAAAAUACCGAUAUCGAGAGCCUGAAAAUCGGAGCUACAGUGAGACAAGGAAUGCAACCCCAACUCGACGCUCUAAACCGUGCGGUACGAAGAUAUGAAAAACGUCAGGCCGCACAGUCCAUGCAGAUCGAGGCACGCUUCCAGGAGCUGGAUGCCCGGAAUAGGGAUGCGUUAGCUUUAGCUGCAGCGGCUGCUCGUACGGGACAGAGACCGGGUAUGGGGACUAUGUUAUUCACGUGGGUUGCCAACCUCUUCUCCCUAUAUAUUCAGACAAUCUGGUCGGUGGCUACCUACCCUUAUAGAACUGCAGUAGGGGUCGCUGCCCAGAUCAGUAACCUCGUUACGGGUUCAGAUCGUCAGCCGAGAAAGCAGAUGAAAGGACAGAGUAAUGUGAGUCAAUAUGCCCCGGUGUCGACGUCCAGGGUGCAGUCGAGAAGCGGCAGAUAACGUUCUUGUACAUCUAGAUACCGAAUACACCUAGUUCUAAC